AUGGCAGCCGCAGCGCUCACUCAUGCCGCGUGGGAGCCAAGUGUCGGCUUCAAGCCGCAAUUCACACCCGAGGGCGAGCCCGAUUACAGCCACUGGAUCAACUCCGUGCAUUGGAGCUCAAGGCGGAUGCUUCUCUCGAGAGAAGGGACCGCGUCAAGCCUCUACAGCGGCACGGGCAGAGUGUACCUUCCAAGUGCAGAUGGCACGAGGAAUAUGCCUAGGGACGUCUACCCAUACACCUUGAGGAUUGCUGACAGAGAUCUGCCUACCAUAGAGGGCCAGUUAGCCUUGCUCUGGCACGUCAUCCUGUACGAGGACAGGACAGGCAGAACGAUCCUCAGCAGUUCUCAGCGCUGGGACUUCUACUUCGUGACGACCCUUUUGGGGUGCCUCUCGGUUGAGGAGUUGUACAAGUUCACUCUCACCACCCAGCAGGUAACGAGAGAACAGAACACUCCUUAUAGCAGCACGGUCAGCGCCUCCAAGGCAUUCUCUGCUGUGUUCCGCCACGAGGCCGUGCACAGGAACGAUUUGGACGAGAUGAACUCUCUCCCUAUUGGAUCCUGUAACACACGGAGAGUGAUUCCCAGGCAGACAAACGCCGUUUGGUUUGCCGCCUUCAUGCUCACCAACUCCAAGGGAAGGUUUUUCACCUACGUCCGUCCAGCUCCAUGCUCGCCCACAGGCGAGGUAGGAGUGCAAGACUUCGCUAUGAACAUACGCCUUGGAGCAAUUCAGGGUCAUACUCGCGUAAGCUCAGUCCAAACUGAGGAGGCGCUGGGUAUGGAAAUCACCCUGGGAAUGGCAGGUCGCCUGGGAUAUGUUUUCCACGCCACCGAGAAGUGGAACCACGACAACAUCCUCAAGCAGGGGUUAAUCACGGACGCUGGAAGGCCAGGUGAAAAGAGGGAUCCGCGGUGCGCUGUGCACUUCACCUACGCUGGUGGGGAGGAGGCCCCAAGGGCUGGCACUGUCAUCCGCUACGGCUCGAAUGUCAUCUAUGUCGUGUUGGACCUCUACCAGGCCAUUUCAGACGGGUGCAAGUUCUACCUGUCCGAUAACGGUGUGAUCCUGAGCUUCCAGAGUGUGCCACCGAGCUACCUGCAUUUCACCUGGAGGCCCCCUCACGAGAAGGACCCGGGUGGACGCAGGUGGGAAAAACGCGAGGGACGCUCAGCACAAGCUGAGGAACCCUCAGCUCCCAGUUCAAGCUCUCGUGGCCCUGCGUCCAGCUCAGCCGGGACCAAAGGGAGCUCUGCCUCAGCAGAGGGAUCCAAGGGUUCUGGAACAACAACGAAGGAAGCUGGGCCUCCUAGCACAGGCCCAACCACGGUUGGGGAAGUGCCCCACUUUGAUCUCACUUCCCUUCGAGAGAUCAUUGAAGAGGAGGAGAAGAGGCAUGUUCAGCAGUCAGAAACAAGCUCAGAAGGGAAAAGAAUUCCUUUUGAGCGUGGCAUGGAAGUUGAAGGGAGUGUAAAAACUUCUUUGACAGCUGAAGCAGAAAAAGUCAGGGCCCAAGAGGACCUGAUCCGACAGCUUAGGGCCAAUCCUUGGACGCUGUUCUACAAAGGCACCAUUGCCUUGAUGGAGGACAAUGAGCGCAAGGUUGACUCCUACGGCACUGGCUAUGUACAGGCUCUUUGGUUGCACAAUCCUCUGAGUGGAUACCCGGUUCUCUUCUUCCUGGAGGCAUUCAGACUGGGGAAGAUAGCCGCCAAUGUGCUCAUUGACUUUCAGUUGAAGGUCUCUCACUAUGACCAUCAUACUCCACAUUGGGACGCGGACUACUUCACCGAGCUCAGAUCUAAGGCCGAGUCAGUCUUCACCCCUGGAAUUCUUUACGGGAGAGCAAAGCCUGAGGUCACAGAUGAGCGAAAUCGAAUGCCAGUUGAAGGCACAGAGAACUACGCUGAGAAGCUCGCAGAGUACCAGGCAUUUCGGCACGAGCUGAUGGUGGCCCAGGAGCUCAUCAACAUUCAGAGCGAUUUCGUCAACCUCUACGACAUGUUCGUGGAACUCUAUGGCAGUGACUUCUUCUUGUACAUGAAGGAGAAUCGUGACAACCAAGCACUUCGGAACAAGUUUGUUGUGCGCGCACAGGACAAUAGUGAGCAUAGAGAUUGCUCAUUGAGGCUCCCGUUUGAGCCCAAACUCAUCCUGAAGAAAAUCGAACGCACCGUCGCUUCGUACCCAGAGCGGAAGUUCCUCUCUCGCUUCGCUUCCAAGGCCGUUCAGGACUUGCAGCAGUAUGUGCAGAUUCGCCAGUCCGAGGAGGCAUUCGUCGACUACUACCUUGGCAUUCCUGUGGAAGAUUUUGAGCUUGAGAGAACCUUCGAGAACAAUGAAGGAACCAUCAAAAUCGAGGAGGUCAUCGAGGUCGAUGAAUCCUGGGGAAGCUCAACACGAGUUGAGGAACCCAAGGUGGCGCCUUCCUCUCUGGAUGCAACAAUGGAAGAGGAAGCGGGCUCUGCUACAGCAGAGGGACCACCACCAUCUUCCGAAGCGCACAUCAAAGAAGAGCCAAUGCCCGAUGCGACCGAAGAGGUCAAGGAGCCAGAUCCCGAAGUCCAGUUGAAGGUCGAGGAAGGUGACUUCAAGGUGGAGGAGGAGUCCUCUACGCCAAUGGUCACCACUGGGGAAACAGAGGGAAGCUCACUUCCAAGUGAGGCACCCUCGGGAACGCCCCAAGGCCUGUGGGGUAAUGUACAGACUGUUAUUACUCCGCAGGAUCUCCAAGAGAUCACUCAGCAGAAUGAGGAUGCUCUUCGAUCCUUCGCCGACAAAAAGGAAGAGGCGACCCUGGAGCAGUUGCCCGAGUACCAGCGCUUCAUUGAUGAGCUGGAGAGGGUUGAAAAGGGUUCGCCCAUCUACAUCCUCAGUCGGCAGAAGUAUGGAGAAAGUGAUGGCAUUCUCCAUGGUGGUCUUCGGGCGCAGUCGGCUCAGAACCGAUUUCGACUCCAGCAUAUGAGCUGGAGGGAUAGAGCGGCUCCUGCUCGGUCAAAUUGGAAGUUCCAGGUUCCAGAAGUGCCCUUCUUCGAGACAAUGGCGACGAUGCCACCGUUGUGGGAGUUUCGUCCUGCAGCAAAACAAGUGGCUUUCAAGAGCAUUGAUGUGAGGAGCACUUUUUCGACUGAUGCACUUGAGAGAUCAUACAAUGCCCAUGUUGCCAUUGCGGAGAAGGAGGCGCUGUUGAUGGAGUCACUGGCAAAAACCAAUGCUACGAGAGGUGAUCUUCUGAACACUCUUCUUCGGCACUUUCUGGCCUGUGGAAGUCUCGAAACCACGAGCUUGGGAAGCUCAGCCUUUGCUGAGGAACCCGAUCCAAUGGCAGAGAUGACGCAUUUGGCCACCUCCAGAGUAGGUCUUAGCGUGAUGGUUGCCAACUUGGGGAACUUCGCGAGGGGCAGAAAGGGCACACUUCCUCCAAAGUAUGCCGACCUCAUCUCGGAUUACUCCGAUGGAAGCUCCAUCAUUGUGAAGUUCCUCUCUCACUCCAAGGCACAUGUUAUUCUGCUGCAGGAGAACAACAUGACGAGAGAAGAGUUGGACUACUUCAGGUCCAAGGGCUGGUUGUUCCGAACAAAUGAGGCAGGAGAUCUCCUCACUGCUGUCAGAGGAAACACCAAGGGUAAGAACAAGGUCAGCUUCAAGCACCUUGCUGGUCCGGUCCUCAAAGACCCUGCGUAUGCCUGGAUUCCCAUCAGAUAUGAGAUCGUCCAGAUCAACUAUGGAAGUACCGUUCCUCGAGAGAGAAUGGAACAAGAAGACCUGGUUGAUCGAGUGGAGUCCGCCUUCGAGGAGGCCGAGUUCAAGGAAGAUCUCACGCGUGCAGGCAUGAAGUCAAUUCGUGUCUGCAACUUCCACGUUCGAAGUGAAAUCGCACGCUCUAAGCCCGGCUUCUUGGCCGAGGGACUAGCUGCGAUGGUCGCUGACUGCUUCCACUACCAAGUGGAUCUGAUGGGCGGAGAUGGCAACAUGUCAUGCUACCGAUUCGGAGGUAGCCAACAGGGGUCAGUGUCACACGACAGCUCAGCCCUUUUCUCGACGAUCCAGUACUUCGUCGGCGCCUUCGAGAAGCACCAACGUCAGGACAGGUUGUUGAUCCCAAGGACACGCGUCGUGACUUCGAACCCUCUACAUCUUCUCAAACUCUACGAGGAGAAGCUUGGGUUCCCCUACGGCGAUGUGGGCCACCUAGUGGAUUGGACGACGUUUCCUGAUUUGGACUGCAUGACUGCCAUCGUCUUCGAAUGGGGUCAUAGCAUGACCAAUGAGGUGUGGGCUGAGUACAAGGGCAGCAUGGAGUACAAGGUUUCGGUGAGUGAAUUCUUGCUGCACUCGACGAAGAACCACUUCCUCCUGAAGCCCUCGGACAAUGACAGUCACACACCACUGCUUCUACACAUCGCUCCUAACUGGAUGAAGUUCUCUGAGAAGAAGACGUACAGGUCGAAGGAGUCGAUCUUGCAGGCGUCCCAAUCCAGGAAAGAGAGACAGAAGGCUAAAAAGCGUGGUGCUCCUGCCGAACCAGUACAAGGCGAAGGUCGUGCUCCACCUGGCAAAGGCAAAAGCAAGAGCAAGGAAGGAGGCUCGCUUCCAAGUGAGGAACCUUCAGCAGUGCCAGAGCCAGCAGCUCCUCCAAAGGCUAAGCCAGCGGCGAAGCCAGCUGCUGCGAGGCCAGAAAAGGGGAAGGCUCGCCAAGAGGCAAGGGAUCCUCUCAAGGUGAAGUUCUACUUCAACGCCUCCUACGAUUACAUCCUCAUUGGUGCUGCUGUAAUCCAGCUCGUCCUGUGA